AUGAGUCUGGGAUUGAACCCGGAUCGCCUUGGCAGCCUCAAACUGUAUGCGGAGCUCAGCCUUAAUAGUGACCAGUCAGACAGCCUCAAUCUGUAUGCGGAGCUCAGCCUUCGGCUUCGGUCAAUAUACAAUGUGGGAACCAGGCUCUGCGAGGUGGGAACCAGACUGGACGAGUUUCUUUAUCCAAUCUCAGAUCCAGAAACACGACUCAUGUUCGACACGCUUCUCUCCCUUCAACCUCAGAUCUCAUCUGUUGCUGGCGAGUCCAGGGAAGAUAAGGUACUGGAACUGUCUGCACACAUCUACAAACAGAUUCCGGAGAACAUCGACUAUGACAACACAGUUAAGAUUCUCUCCAUUGAUCCAUCACCGAUCAAUGUCGUACUUCUACAGGAGAUCCAGCGCUACAACGCGCUACUUGUGGAGAUACGCAAGUCCCUGAAGGACCUUGACAUGGGUAUCCAGGGCUUGGUUGUCAUGACGGUGGAACUCGAGAGCAUCUUCAUCUGUAUCUACGACGGCCGUGUGCCACCCUCAUGGCUCAAGGCCUACCCAUCCCUAAAGCCCCUGGCAGCCUGGACCCGAGACCUUGUGCAGCGUCUAGACCAGCUUGAGAAGUGGGCGACCACAGCCCACCCGCCGAAUAUCUUCUGGAUGUCAGGGUUCACGUUCCCGACAGGUUUCCUGACUGCAGUCCUACAGUUGUCUGCCCGUCUCAACAAUGUCUCUAUCGAUAGCCUCUCUUGGGAGUUCAGCGUGAUGACGGUGGAUGAUACGAAUAUCACUGGACCCCCGAAGGAUGGUGUAUACAUCAAGGGGUUGUUCCUGCAAGGCGCUGGGUGGGACAAGAAGAAUCAGUGUCUGAUAGAGGCUACACCCAUGCAGCUUGUCUGUCAGAUCCCCACGAUACACUUCAAGCCAGUCGAGAACAAGAAGAAGGUCACCAAAGGAAUCUACACAUGCCCAUGCUACUAUUUCCCCAACCGCACGGGAAGUAUGGGUAGACCCUCGUUCAUUGUUGCCACGGAAUUGAAGAGCGGAGAUAAGUCCCCUGACCAUUGGGCAAAGAGGGGAACCGCUCUGCUGAUGAGUCUUGACUACUAGAACCUGCAGACUUUUAUUUUCACCUGUGGUCUUUUGAUUCCACCUGUGGACUUUUACUUCACCCAAGGACUUUUGAUCCACCUGUGGAAUUUUACUUCAACGGUGGAAUUUUGUUUGUUUGCUGACAAAGAAUUAGCCAUUGAAUUGUAAUUAACAAAGUUUACUCACAGACCUUGAAUCAAUCUGUGGAUUGUGAAUAUGUGUGCUGAUUUUUAAUCAAACUGUUAUUAUAUUUGUGAGCUCUCAGCUCUGUGUGUGUACUUGAAGCUGUGAAAAUAUUACAUUUCUGAAAGGAAUUAAAAUGGGGUAUAAUAAUUAAACUGCAGACUUUGAAUUCCGUUAUGGAGUUUUUGGAUCAUUGUUGAAACUGUGAAACUAUGAAACUUAUACCUUUGUGCAAUUUUAUACCAUGCAGACUUUUUGAAGUGGCAUUCUGUAUAUAACAUGCACAUUUUCAAUGACAGUAUCCGGGAGAAGGUUUACAAAUGUAACAUGAACAUCUGAAUAAUAUUUUAAUUAAACAUUGGACAAUGAUUUAACUUUUAUAAUUUGAAGAUGUGCAUUUCGGCUCUGUGCAUCACAUAAUGGAGUAAUGUGUAGAAAUCAACUUUAAAUUUGGACUAAAAUUACGAAUGAAAUAGUUGUGGAUUAUGUUUUGAUGUUUUAUUGAAAAUAGUUGACCAUAGUUUGUUAUUGAUUUGUGUUGCUUUAUAUUCUGGUUUGUAAAUUGGUUUUUGAUGUUGGUGUUGAUUGAACUACGAUUCAUCAAGUUGUCUGUCUGUUUUUGUGAACAUAAUUGGACCUUUAAAGUCAUCAACAGCGCAUUAUAAGGGAAAUGUUAGCAUUGCAUACAAUUUUAAGUCUUUUUCUUCUUUUAUUUUGCAAAGAUUUUAUUCAGUAUUAUUCGGUGCAUUUAUUGAGCAUGUUGCUUGAAGUUUUAUUAACAAGUUUGCCAGCAUCUGAUAAAUUAUAUGUUGAUCUUGUACAAUACUGUCUAAAGUUUCCGUACAAUAAGAUGAUAUAACUUGACACAAACUAAGAGUAAAUGUUUCCGUCCAACAUAAUAUUCUAUUUAUUUACGUGCCAGAUGUAUUUAUAAGUAUGAAAUUAUACAUAUUGUUUUGUUUAAGAAAUAAAUAACAUCAAUAUAA